GCAAGUGCAGCCCCCGCCAUGUCGGCCCACCUGCAGUGGAUGGUCCUUCGGAACUGCUCCAGCUUCUUGAUCAAGCGCAACAAGCAGACGUACAGCACCGAGCCCAACAAUCUCAAGGCCCGAAACUCGUUCCGCUACAACGGGCUGAUCCACCGGAAGACGGUGGGCAUUGAGCCGGCCGCCAACGGCAAGGGCAUCGUGGUAGUGCUGAAGCGGAGGGCAGGUCAGAGGAAGCCUGCCACUUCCUAUGUGAGGACCACAAUCAACAAAAAUGCCCGGGCCACACUCAACAGCGUCCGGCAUAUCAUCCGCAAGAAUAAAUACCGGAAAGAUCUCCGCAUGGCUGCUCUACGCCGGGCCAGCGCCAUCCUUCGAAGCCAGUGGCGGUGA